UUUGGACACUUGCUAGCUCUGGUGAAUAUUGAUUCAGAUCCGUUUGAAAGCAGAACCGAGUAUAUCGUAUUCUCUAUACUGCUCUGUACUCUGUUAUGACGUAACAAUACUCUUUAACCUACGUUUAGUCGUCAAGUUGAAAAAGGGUUUUUUUUUAACUUAGGAGAGUUCAAUAUUAUACACCAAAAAUGGAAUCAUCAACGGGUGGUACUAAACCUAUGUCCAUAGCAGGACGUAUGGUUUCUGAAAGAGAACGUGUCCUGGGUAUGACUCCUGAAGAACGAGCAUGGCGUGCUCAAUACCUUAAGGAUCAAAUCCUAUCACCAGAUGAACCUGUCAUCCCCAAAAACUAUUAUAAGGAAAGAUAUAACGUUAUCAGAAGGUUUUACAGAACUCCAAUGGAUAAUGUUCAGAAACUCAUGGUUCCCCUUCUUGGAGCAAAAGGUGCUGAAUUUACUCGAAAAGUAAUUGCUACAUCAACCUUCAUGAUUGCAGGCGUUUAUUACAUGUUUUAUUACUUCAAAUAUAACAGCAAUGAUUGGACAACUAAAGCUGGCUUUAGAGUUCUAAAGUCGCGUGGAGCAGUUCAUCCAGGUGAUCCAAACUUUCCAAACUAUGAUGAACGUCCUAAUCCUAGUGAUUAUUACAAACGUGGUUUUGAAAAAUCACCCUUAUAGAUUAUGAGCUCAUUAAUUACUGUAAAGCGUUAGUAAAAAAUUGUAAUAAAUUAUGUGAAUAAAUGACAACAGCAUUACAACUCCAAAA